CCAUGUUUAUUCACGUGGUGGGUGUGGUUUAAAAUUAGCUUAGCAAUUAGGUGUGGCUUGUUGCUAGGACAACAGAAAAAUAAUGCCUCCGAAGAAAUUAUCUAAAGCAGAAAAGGAUCGACUGAAGCAUGAGGCAGAGAAAAGAGCACAAGAAGAAGAGGAACAACGAAUAAGAGAAGAGGAGGAGCUGAGGAAGAAAGAGGAGGAGGAAAGGAAAAGGAAAGAGGAAGAGGAGCAGAAGCUGAGGGAGGAAGAGCAAGCAAGGUUUGUGGAAGAGAGAGCAAAGUAUGACGAACUUAAAACCGACCAUCAAACAAAAAUCAAAGAAUGGAAAAAGACAGAGAAAGAAAGCAAGGAGUGGGAGCAUUAUGUAUCUUGCAAUAAACUUCCGCUGCCUUCCAGUCAGCAAUCACUCAACACGUACUUCAGCACAUUCAGUGAGAGACGACCUCCAGCGACAAUGUCUGAUACUUUGAAGAGACUCAGAGAAUUAUUUCAAGUUUUAGAAGAAUUAGAAAAGGAAGUACAAGAUGAAGAUAAUUCCGAUGAUGCUAUACACCAUUACAUUGAUAAGGUCCAGUCACUGAUACUCACUGAAGUAGAUAAAGGCACUCUGUUAGUUAUGAAGCACCCACAGGACCACAUCGACAAUGAAACAUUCAAUCUACUCAUUGAAGAACACAUACCAUCCCAUAUGACAUAUUGUCUCUGGGGCAACAUUGUUAAAAACCCAAGAUUAAAGGAGUUUUCAUUCAAUUAUUGCUCGUUUACAAUUGAUCUGCCUAAAUCAAUGACAAUGCUAGAUGUGUCUGUGCGAUUAUUAACCCUUUCUUACGACACUCUCUCUCCUCUUUCCAAAACUUAUAAAAUAAACGAGGAACCAACUACUGGAGGAGAUAUUACUAGUGAAGACACACCCCCUGAAACUGAGGAGAUAAACGUUGCUGCUGCUGCAGAAAAUGGCGGCGAAAAGAAAGAGGAGACAGAGGCUGUGGAGGCGACAGGUAAUGGAGUACAGGAGAGUAAUGGAGCUACUCAAGAUAGCAACGAAACACAAGAACAAACAACUGAAAAUAAUGAAGCUACUGCUGCAUCUGAUAAUGUAGAGACCAAUGGAGACAAGAACUCACCUCCUGAUGAAAACAUACCUGAUGGAGAGGAGAUAGACCUAAGAGGCUACAGUAUUGUGGGCUGUACUCCACUCCUGCUUCAAUUGAUAGUCCUACCUCCUCAACCUAAAUCAGUCAAUAACUGGAUCAUUACACAAAAUACAAUGGACUCACUUAUAGAGUCACCUCCUCUUACUGAACCAUCAGGAGCACCUUCAGUUAUAUCAGCAAGAAUGAACCUACCAGAGCCUUAUCAUUAUCCUGAGGAUGAAGCAUCCUUUCAACUAGCACAAUGGGAUAGGAACAGCAACUCAUGGAAGCAUGGGAACCUUAAAGAAGUGAAAUUUGAUUUAACUGGUAAAAGGGUUUCUUUUGUAAUGACAACAUUUUCACCACUUGCAAUUUUAAUAGAUGCUUAUAAUAAUCUUCCUUAUCAAUCGUGGGAGCUCCUCCCACUUGAUAUUGACCACACCCUCUUACAUAUCGUUGGUAGCUCAGUAGAAAUGUCAAUUGAAAUAAAAGGAGCAGAAAGUGCAUUAAUAAAACCAUUAGAAGUACCGGCAGUCGAAGAACUAAUUAAUAAAAGAUUUUCGUCUCCUAAACAACUGAUAAAGGCACUCAAACGAAUUGGAUUUCAUUUCUUUCCUGAAAAUGACGCCCACAAGUACACCUCACUGACGGAGAAGGAUAAAGAAUUAGAACUCUCCACGUACGAGUACAUGUCCAUGGCCUGUGGUGGGUGGGGCUUCCAAUGGAGCCAAUGGAAUGAGAAAGGAGGGAGAGUUGGCUCUAUAGUACAGGCAGCACCAAUUGAUGGAAACCAACAAAAAAUACUCAAAAAUGAAGCUAGUUCUGAACAAGUUGAUACAUGGAGACUCUAUUUGUCUACAAUGGAGAAAGCAAUGACACUCCAAUCAAAGGAGAAUGGAGAUGACUUCAGUGAAGAACUACCUGAUGGAAAGAUAACACAUUCAGAUUUAUACACAGCAUUAACUAGUGAAGCAAGCAAUGAGAUACUGGAACUGAUGGCCAGGACUAACCACGUCCAUAUACACACUGUAAAACAAUGGCUGACAGCAACAAGACCACUAGUAGCAACUUGCUAACCAAACACACACUCAAGUUGAAUACACUGUACAUGCUACUCCACAGACUGUAGAUCUAGUAUGAGAUUUACAGUCUGUGAAGCUUUCAAUUGCAACAUUAUGUAUGCCAUUAAUUAAAUUGGAGAUAUUAUUAUAUUUCUUUAAUGACAAGAUGACAUUCAAUAAAAAA